CGGACGGAGAGCGGCACUGUGUCCCCGCGGCGAGCUCCGCGCAGCCUCCCCCGCUCCCCUGCCGCCGCCGAGCAGCUCCCCCGUCCCAGCGGCCGGCAGAAACGAGCGAGCCGAGCGGCAGGAGGUUUUUGUUGCCUAAUUCAUCACAUGAAGGAGUGAAGUUUUUCUGGACCUACAUGGAUCUAUAAGCAUUUUCAAGAUGGCUAAGAACUGUGGUGAAGAACCGAGUGGAAUGAUGAGAGGAAGCACCCACUUCUACCAAUUUCUAUUGACAUUCAACUCGCAUAUUUGACAGCAUGGUUUCCUGACAGAAAAGUAUAUUAUGUAUUUUUUUCUGAAUUCCAAAUCUGUAUUAGAUAUACCAUCUGUGGUGGUUUUGGAAAGAUGAGAAGGGACCCACUGUGGGGCAACACAAUGAAACCAAAAAUGUCUGCUAUUCCUGUUGUAUGCAUUCUGGCUGUGAGAAUUUUCUUGUGAUUUCUGACUUUGGUACUCUUGGCCUCAUGGGAACAAAAUAAAACAAAGCAACCUGAUUUUGGUAAACAAAAUGCCACGGAGAAGGAAAAUUGGUGGGAGUCCUUCUCGGAAGACUGGAGCUGCUGCUUUUUUACCCCAGGGGGACCCAAGCCUCUCAAUGUCACAACCAGCCUACAGUGUCAAUAAGGAAAAGCUCUUCAACAGCAUGUCAGAAAUGUUUUCUGACUUAGAUCCUAGUGUGGUUUAUAUGGUUCUCUCGGAAUGUGAUUUUAAAGUAGAAAAUGCUAUGGAUUGUCUGUUAGAGCUGUCCACUCAUGCUGAAGGAGCAGCAUCCUCAAAAGUCUCAGAUUUUGAAUCAGUGGCAUCGUCAUUAGCCCUUGUUAAUCAGCGGAGAUCUGUUCCAAAUCAAAGAAUGUGGGAAAGUACUGUGAAACACUGUAAUUCUGAAGAAGAAGAAGAAAAGGUCUUAUCACCUGACAUGCCGCUGACUGAAGAACUGGAUUCCUUAAUAGAAAAUGCUUUUCAGAGAUGCAGCUUGAGUGUCGAAUUGCCUAAUUCUGCAAAUGAUCAAAUUGUAUGUGAACGUGAUGGCUUUAAGGAAUUUCCUGAGUGGGAAGAAUCGGAUUUGGGUUGCAAUGUUCUACUUUUUCCACACCAAAUAGCGACAAGUAAUGAGGUUUUGGAAAACUGCUCUUCUCAGCUACCAGCGAAUCAGCUGAACAUCCAGACAAGCUCACCAGCUGCAUCGGACACUUUUGCACAAGCAUUACAGGAUUCCGAUUUGUCAAAAAUAGGCGUUCACCAGGAUAUAGCUUCAGAAGCCUAUGAACAAUCAAAUGGAGAAACAUCCCGUGGAAAUUCUGAUCAGGCACAGCAUAUUGUUUCAGAUCACAAAAGUGCAACUACUGCUUCUGGCGAGUCUUCCCAAAGAGCUCUGGAACUUGGAGUAGCUAUCACUGAAGAACCUAAUUCACAGUGCCUGCAACAGCACAGAGAGUUAAUGACUGCCUGUGACACUCACAACACUUCUCUUCCAGAAGCCUGUGUCUCUCUUGAAAAAUCCAGUUUCAAAACACCAAAACUUAAGGAUUUUCAGCAAUCUGAGCAGAAUUAUGGUUUUAAUCUUUCUACACCAUCAUGUCGGACUCAACAACAAUGGAACCUUAUGGCUCCUGCCUUUUAUCCGUCCAUUGGAAGUCACAGCUUUGUAACUCCAGUGGCUGUCAGUCCAGGACAGUGGAGACCCGUUUCAGACUAUAGGACAUUGGAAAAAGGACUUGUUUUUUCUUCUCCAGUGGUUCCAAAUGCCUGGGAUAGCAGCCCUUCUCUGAAGGUAUGGGAAAAUCAAGAUAGAAACUCAAAAUUGAACCUCUCGCAAGCACAGCAGCCACCUGUUUGUCACAUGAUGAGAAAAAAGAUGCACCUUAUAGGUCAAGUACUUGUUCUUCUCAGAGGUGUUCCGGGAUCAGGAAAAUCAUAUUUGGCAAGGAUGAUACUGGAGGAUAACCCAGGUGGAGUCAUUCUUAGUACUGAUGACUACUUUUAUAAAUGUGGAAAGUACCACUAUGAUGCACGUUGCUUAGGGGAAGCACACGAGUGGAACAGGAAACGAGCCAAAGAAGCAUUUGAAAUGAAAAUCUCUCCUAUAAUCAUAGACAACACAAACAUACAGGCAUGGGAGAUGAAGCCUUAUGUUGCUUUGGCUCAGCAGUUCAAAUAUAAAGUCAUGUUUCGAGAGCCAGACACGUGGUGGAAGUUUAAACCGAAAGAACUUGAAAGGCGGAAUAUUCAUGGGGUAUCUAAAGAAAAGAUCAAGAGAAUGUUGGAGCAAUAUGAACGUUGCCUUACUGUUAACUCAAUCUUGGAGUCUUCUGUCCCAGAAAAAUCAGAAGUUACUGCUUGGAAUGAAGAUGCUUGUCAGGAGGAAAGUCAUAGAGAAAGGGAGGCACAUUCCCAAAAGGAAAACAAACCUUUUGCUUCUGAUUUGGAGCCUCUUAAUUUACCUGAAGAUGAUAAACCUCUUUCCAGUUGUUCUCUAAUUUCAGAAAGUAAUUUUGCUCCCGAGAGUUAUCAGAAAGAGGAAAAAGAAAUGGAAAAUAACUCAGUGAAACACAAUACUGAGAACAACACCAUUCAAGAUAUCUUGGAUGUUGAUUUGUCGAGUUAUGUCGAGAAAGAGCUGCCCUUGGAGAAAAAAGAAGAAAAAGGAGAAAGAAUGGAAAUUACUGAAACAGAAAUGGAUGAGACUGAUAUAAUCACAACUGAAGAAACUGUAUGCAUGCAUAGGGGAGGAGUUGAGAAACACAGUAAUGACAAUAUUCUCAAAGUUCAGACUGAAUCUGAACAAAACAGUGAAAUAGGCUUGGAGUCAGAUUCAACAGAAAGAAGUAAUGUAGUAGAACCAAGCGCCUCGGUUAUGGAGGCAUCAGAAAAACCAGAGCUGCUGAAUUUUCUGGGUGACUGGCCUGUACAACAAACGAUGGGACAGAGAGUCAAAAGAACUAGAAGGCUAGAAAAAUCUUCUCUGAAGAGUGAUAGGGAAGGUAAAACUCCCAGUCAGCAUCCUGAAUUAGGUAAAGAGCAAGCUGGCCUAACUGAUACCUGUACUGUUGUGAAAGGACAGGAGGGAGAAAAUACAACCUCUAGUUGUUUCCCUGCUACUUCAGAUAAAGUUGCACCAGACCUGCAAACAGUGGGACAUUGGCCGGUGUCAUUAGAACAGCGACAGCAAAGGUCAAGAAGAAUGAGGAAGACAAGUCUAAGUCAGUCUGAUGAAGGUAGAAAUACUGAAGGUGAUGUUAACAGAAGUGCUCUUGACACUGUAGAUGUGCUUCGAGGGAUACCUAUGGACACUGUAGAACAGGAUGUGGAAGAGUUGCAUUUUCACCAACCUGAAAUGAUAGGUAAUGAAACAGUUGCUAAGAAAAAAACCCAGCAAAAUAAGAGAACAAGGAAACAUCACAAAUUAGCACUCACUUUUACAAACAAUAAUUUGCCCCACUCCAAAGAAGAGGAACAGUUGUCUGUGCCUGAUUCUGCAGAAGAGAAACAAGAUGCGUGCUCAUGUAAACAGAUAAGUAGCCAUUCACAAACCGAAUCUCAUGAUUUUGCUCUCCUGUGGAGAUUAGAAAAUAAAAUGCUUUUUCCUGAGACUGUCAAAGUAUUGCAUGGCAGAUUAGAUGGCUUCAAACCCAAAGACAUGGACAAUGCCUCAGGUUCUCAGGAAAAAAUACCGUAUCGAGUUAUGUAUGAUAAAAGUACAUUUGUGGAAGAAAGUGAACUUAUCGAUAUUGAUGAGACUGAAAAGCUAAACAUGCUGUGCAAACUCUUUGAUUCAUUUUCAGUUGAAGCUGUGAAAGAUCUGUACGAAAGAUGUAACAAAGACAUAAACUGGGCCACAGGUCUACUCUUAGACUCUGAUGAAAAGUUGCACAACGAUGUUAAUACUGAAUGGUUUCAAGUAAAAGAAGCUGAGCCAGUUGUUGCAGACUUUGAUUUCAAGGAAAAUACCAACUAUGAUGAGAAUCGUGACGGUUGCACAAACACAGAGCAAAUCAUUGGGGCUAGCAAUGUUUCUGAUCCUUCAGAAGACCAGAACUCAUCAAUCAGCACUGAGGAAAGUAGAGUUACCAAGACAAUUGUGGCAGAUGCUGGUGUGUCUGACUCAUUUACUGCUGUCAUAUUGAAUGAUUCAGUGGAACUGAAAAAUUCCAGUGAUACAGCUCCUAGAGGCUAUGCAGGCAGCUCAGCAGCAAGUGUCAAUGAGUCCAUUUCUGGAAUGCAAAAGAUGGAAUCUGAGAGUCCUGUUGAAGAAGUGAUGAAUAAGCUCUCAGUCUCACAAGUUGAUGUAGAUUUAUACGUACCCGUAACUUUAUCUCAAGCUCUUAAAACAACUACCAAUUCAAAAUUAACUAAUGAAAGCAACAGCAACUCUUCAGAAAGCAAUGUGGAGAAUGCCAAAGGGAUGCCUUUGUUACUGGAUGUGGAUGAUGCACCUCUGAUAGAUUCUAGGAAUGAUAAAGAGCUGGAGACUGAUAGAGAAAAUCUGAGGAGUUCCAGGGAGAUCAGUGGUAAAGAAGAAAGUGGAACUUUGAGCAGGAAUGAAGAUAAGGCCAAGACACAAAGCCCUUCACCAGUAUCAUCUGCGGCCUUUGAUAUAGAUAGCCUAGAACUAACGUUACCUCCUGAACUGGCUCUCCAGUUGAAAGAAAUAUUUGGGCCUGUUGGCAUUGAUGCAGGAUCACUAACUGCUGAGGAUUGUGUAGUUCAUAUUGAUCUGAAUUUGGCAAAAGUGAUUCAUGAAAAAUGGAAAGAAUCUAUUCUGAAGCGUCAGAGGAGAGAUGAAUCAUGGAAGUUGUCUGCAGAAGGUUCUACAUUGAUUCAGCAGAUAAAUAUGAAUGACUCAAAAAUGCUGUUAUCUCAAAAUGCAGAGAAUAAAAUGCAGAAGAAAGGAAUGAACUGGGUUUCAAGUUCAUCUAACGAAACACAGAUUAAAAAAGCAGCAACAUCAGAAGUUUUUCCUUUUAUGGAUCACUGGAAUGCUCGAACUCAGAAAGUUUCUCUCAGACAAAUAAUAUCUGAAGAAAUAGCUAUGCAGGAGAAAGAGGACCUGAAACGUGUUCCUUCUGUGGCUAGAAAAGAUUGUGCUGCUAAACUGAAGGAGAAGCAACUUUUUGAGAUGUUUCCAACCAUUAAUCAAAAUUUCUUAAUGGAUAUCUUCAAGGACAAUAACUAUUCUUUGGAGCAGACCGAACAAUUUCUGAACUGUGUUCUGGAGGCAGAUCCUGUAAAAACAGUUAUAGCUCAAGAAAGUGUUCAGCGAAAUGAAAUUGCUUCUUCAUACAGUGCUGCAAAGAAUCGGGAGAAGGCAAGAAAAGCUAAGGAAGAGGAUGAUGUUUUGAGUGAAAUAUUUCAAGAAUAUGAGUAUCCACAGUAUGAUGACUUUAGAGCAGAAGCUUUUCAUCACCAGCAAAAGAGGCAGGAGUGUUUGAAAAAGGCUGGGGAGGCCUAUCACAUGGGAAUGAAGCCUGUGGCAGCAUUUUAUGCACGUCAGGGUCGCCUUCAUGAGCAGAAGAUGAAAGAAGCCAACCAUGCUGCUGCUGCGCGAAUCUUUGAAAGAGUAAAUACUUCCUUGCUGCCUCUGAAUGUGUUGGAUCUGCAUGGUCUCCAUGUGGAUGAAGCUGUGAAUCAGUUGUCCAGAGUGCUGCAGGAAAAAAGCAACGAGUACCAACAGUCUGGUGGUAAGCCUUAUCUCUGUGUUAUCACUGGAAGAGGAAGCCAUAGUCAGGGAGGAGUUGCUCGCAUCAAACCAGCAGCUAUCAGAUACCUCACAAGCCACAACUUCAGGUUUGCAGAAAUAAAGCCAGGCUGCCUGAAAGUCAUGCUGAAUUGAAGAGUUAACGAGAAGAGGAACAUUAAAAAAUGAGAUGUUGGAUUACAGCUAAAAACUUUUUGAACAACUGCAAUAAUAUUUUCUAAUCUGUUUUAAAGGAUGGUAUUUAUUAGAAGGGGUCUCAAUUUGCAGCACAUGGUCUUGUCAAUAUGUUUCUAAGAACAUUUUCUUGUGGGAUAAUUUUUUUUUUUUAAUUUACAAAAGAAAAAAUCCAGGAUUUGAAGUCUUAGUAAUGCAGAUUAAGAAUUCUGAUGAGAAUUUUAUAAUGUGUUCAAGGGCAGUUGAGGUACAGUUUUUAGAUACAGCAGUCUUCUCAUCUUACUCAGUCCAUAACUCACUUGACUUAUUUAAAUUUCAGUGAUUCCAGUGUUUUUGGAAUGUAGAACCCUGUACAGCUAUUUUGUGAUUCAGAGCUUUGUGCUCAGUCCUUCUGAACGGCAGAGGAGAGGUGGGAACUCAGCAACUAUUGCUAUUUCAAAUCCCAUUGCCACUGAAUGUUAAAGUACUUCCAGAUUUCUUCAAGAGUCAGAGGUGUUCUUUUUAGUGGUCAUUUUGUGACAACUCAACCAGUUCUGUUGUUCUUAUUCUAUUCCUAGUUACUCUUGAAACAAAUGGAAGGACUGGAUGUUAAGACCAGCCGUGUGUUAGGUAAUUUUUUAUAGAUUUAGCAGUCUGUUAAAGGAGAAAAUAAAACAUCUACUUACACACAACUAAUGGGAAAUGCGCUCAUUAAACAAAAAAAAUCAAACCCACAAAAACUAUUGAAUGAAGAGUAUACCUUGUAUGACUUUGUGAAUGGCAUGAGAUGAGUACUGCUUCAUUUUACAGGUAUUUAAUAGUGAUGUCUUCAUUCUGUGCAUAGUAACUUUGGUAAUUUCCUUGUAGAAAAUCUGUUUAUCUUUGAGACAUUUAAAUGUAUUUUUAACAUCAAAUUGAAUGUGAAUAUUACAGUAUUAAUUGCCCAUCUUGAAGAAGAUAUGGAAGGUACUCUGUUCAUGGUGGUUUUGUAUCUGAAUGUAUCUAUGUUUUAAAAACAGAAACACCAAACCGAGCCACAAAAAAAAACAAAACAAAAA